CCGGAUAACAGGAGACCGAGCCCUAAAAUGGCCCCAAAGAAGGAGAAGCAUGAAUUUGCUGCGAAGAAGAUCAAAAUGAAAAAGGAUUCGAAGAUGAAGCUGAAGAAGAAAAAAGUACCUUCCAGUUCAAGCACAGUUGCGGCAGUUGGUGGUAGCGAGAACAGAGGCGUCGAUUCAGAUUGGUGGAAUUGUUUCUGGGAAAAAAAUUCCCCCAUUUCGGGUUCAAUGGUUCCCCAAGAUGAAGAAGAAGGAUUCAAGUACUUUUUCCGACUAUCAAAAAAGACAUUCGAGUACAUAUGUUCACUUGUACGAGAAGAUCUCAUUUCACGACCUCCUUCAGGACUCAUCAACAUCGAAGGAAGACUUCUUAGCGUCGAAAAACAAGUUGCGAUCGCUUUAAGAAGAUUAGCAUCUGGUGAAUCUCAAGUUUCAGUAGGAGCAUCGUUCAAUGUUGGACAAUCAACAGUUUCUCAGGUCACAUGGAGAUUCAUAGAAGCCAUGGAAGAACGUGCCAGACACCAUCUCAAAUGGCCAGACAAUGAAAAAUUACAGAAAAUCAAAUCAGAAUUCGAGAGAUCUUUCAAAUUACCCAAUUGUUGUGGAGCCAUUGAUGCAACUCACAUAGUUAUGACCCUUCCAGCUGUUCAAACUUCAGAUGAUUGGUGUGAUCAGGUUAAAAACUACAGUAUGUUAGUCCAAGGUAUCGUUGAUGACAAAUCAAGAUUUCUUGAUAUUGUUACAGGUUGGCCAGGUGGCAUGACAAUCCCAAAACUGUUAAAAUUUUCUGGAUUUUAUAAACUUUGUGAAGCGGGUGAGCGUUUAAAUGGGAAUUUAAAAUCAGAGUUUAGAGAAUUCAUAGUGGGUGGAGCUAAUUAUCCUCUUCUUCCAUGGCUGAUAACACCUUAUAAUGAAAGUGAAAGUGAAAGUGAUGAGAUGUCUGGUUUUAAUACCGUGCAUGAAGGUGCAAGAUCGGUUGCUGUGAGGGCGUUUUCGCAAUUAAAGGGAAGUUGGAGGAUACUUAAUAAGGUAAUGUGGAGACCUGAUAAGAAGAAGCUUCCAAGCAUCAUUGUGGUAUGUUGUUUGCUUCAUAAUAUAAUUAUAGAUUGUGGUGAUUUUAUAGAACCAGAUGUUUCUUUGUCAUGUCAUCAUGAUUCAGGGUAUGUUGAACAGUGGUGUAAGCAGGUUGAUCCUCUUGGGAGAAAACUGAGGGAAAACUUGGUUACCCAUUUAGAGAAUAACAAUUAAAAAUCAUAGAUUGUGCAAUAUGCAUGUUUUUUUUUUUUUUUUAGUAAUUUUGCAAGAAUGAUGGUAAGUUUGUAACUACUAACAAAUAGAAAUGCUGAAUGUAAUUCAAGA